AACUUCAGAUGGAACAUUUUGGAAUCACAUCGGUCAAAAGCAAAGUAAAAUUAUAUUUAAUUUUUACUCUGUUUCAUUCGAAAGUAUAUAAAUGUACCUUCGCAAACACAUGCUUUUUAUAUACACAAACAACACCCAAAAUCAUAAAGGGAAGAACCGACUAGAAUGCUGAGUCCAAAAGGAGACAACCUCAAAGAUGAAAGCAAACAGGUGGGAGGCGAUGUGACUAAUGCAACUGGAGGACCGCCCAUUGAUUGGAACAUCCAUAAGAAUGGCGACUCUACGGUGCCCAGUUACUUGUCUGAGGUCCACCUUAGCCACCAACAGAUCACCAGACGAUUCGGGGAUCUGCUCAACUUGUUUGAAGAUUAUACAAAAAUUCUAAAAAGUGAGCAUGAGCGAGUUAACGUUCCGUUCCAUCUGAAACGAGUGCUGUCGGAUCUUGUGCUAAAUGAAGACAAUGAAAAUGAUGAGCCAUGUCGAGCAUCGAGUGCAACGGAGCUAUCAGAUUGCACUAUUAAGGCCAGAUGUAGGCAGGCCCCCACCUGCGACGUCAGCAGCCAGACUUAUUGGAGUGCCGUGGAUCAAAGGCAAGUCGACAUUAAGGACUUGGAGACACAGCUGGCUGGCAUUGGUGGAAGUGCUAGUGUGGAUUAUGGAGCUGAAAAGCCGAGCAAGACUUUGCAGCACACAAUCCACAUCGAGGUGGAAUCGGUCACCUCCGCCACGGACAUGCAGCGGCCUCCGCUGCGCCAGAGGAUGUGGAACGUUUUGACCCAGACAUCCGACUCAAUCGUCGCCUGCACCUACAUGAUCGGCGAAAACUUCACCUAUGUCCUGUUCGUCGUCUUGUGCCUUUGGUGCCUCUAUUUGCUGAUGGGCCACUACUACAGCUCUCUGCCGACUAAUAUUAACCAGCAGAUCAACCUGAAGAAGGACUUGGCACGGCCCAAUCCCAAGUAGAUUUGUAUAAAUCGUUUCGUUUUACUCUUGAUGAAAUAAAGUAUUGAUUUGGUAAAGCAAA